UAUUGUUAUAGCGAUGCUAUCUUAUCAACAUUAUGUGGAAAAUUUUGGUACUAUAUUUUUAGGUUUUGGUUUAUUUUUUGCAUUUGUAUUGUUUGUUUUGUUUUAUCAUGGAGUUUUUCAUAAAGUGGAAGUGAAAGUAACAAAACCCCCUUUCACAAAAGAUGUUUUUGUUGUAUAUAAAUUUACCCAAAAUUAUGCAGCUUCCCGUUAUUUGUUGACAGAAGCACAAAACUUAGCGCCUCAACUGGAUUCAUUUUCCAUUUACCAUGAAGAUUUUUAUACCAGAAAACAAGUUGGUUCAUCAGUAGGAGUUAUGAUAUCAGAUAAAAUGGAAGAAAAUUUAUAUAAAAAGUUGAUUCAUGCUGGUUUUAAAGUGGCUGUCUUUCCAAACAUUGAUUAUGCUGUUGUAUCAUCUUUUCCAUUGAAAAACCAGUAUUCCUUAGCAGUUGCUGUUUAUAGAAUUUAUCCAAGAUUAAAACAGUAUAUUAAGGCAAACAGAUUAUGUGCUCAUCCUAUAAUGGAACUUUACACUAAAGAUACUGUUUACUUUAUUGCUCCUUUGUCAAAGCAGUUUGACUUUUAUGCAGAAGAAGCUCUUCCUGUGUACGAUGGCAGCUCAUCUGAAUUUGAAGAUGAACCUGUCAUUGAUGAGUAUGAAUGUUCAAAAUGUCAUUAUCAUCAAAAUGCUUUAAUCAAACAAUGUUGUUGUGACCCCUUGUUGCAUUCCUCUUCCUGUGAUAGGCGCAAAAGAGCAUUGUAAUUAUUUAUUAAGCAUUUGUAAGAUUUUUUUUAAUGUUCAUUUUUAAAGUGUCUUUUAUAGGUGCAUAUGUCUUCUUUGAAAGAGAUUUUAAAUAUACUAAAUACUUUAAAUUUCCAUAUCUUUACAUUGAAGUUUUUUGACAUUCCAUCUCACUAGUGUAGUGUGUACUUACAAUUUGACAUUAAUUUAAACAUUUAAUAUAUAUAUAUAUAUGAAAUACUCGAGGGACUAUUAAUGUCACCUUAAAAUUAGUCCAUAUAAUUUUUAACACAAAAAUAGCAUUUUCUCAACUUUUAUAUAACAAAGAAGACAAGUUCUGAUAUG